UUCUGAUGAGUAAUGCUUCUAAAAAAACGGCUGCCGUCUUGGGCGCAGGUUUCAGUGGCAUGUGUGCCGCGAUUCAGUUGAAAAAACGGUUUGGAAUAGUUGCAGACCUUUUUGACAGAAACGAUGAUAUUGGAGGGACAUGGCUUACAAAUAAAUAUCCUGGAUGUGCCUGCGAUAUACCUAGCCAUCUAUACUCCUUGAGUUUUGAGCCAAACCCAUUGUGGUCAAAGCAGUACAGCGGACAAGAAGAAAUUCUCCAAUACAUGCAAAAUGUUGCACAAAAGUAUGAUUUAUAUGCCCAAACAAAAUUCCAGACCGAGGUUAUUUGCACUACCUGGCUUGAAGAUAUUCAGAAGUGGAAGGUCGAUUGGCGAAAAACUACAGACCAUUCUCAACUAUUCACAGGACUCUAUGAUUUCUUGUUUAUUGGAAUUGGACCACUUAAUAUUCCAUUCACACCCGAGGAGCUCAAAGGGUUUGAAGGAACAGUUGUGCACACUGCUGUGUGGGAUAAUAGUGUUGAUUUUACUGGAAAGCGUGUAGCAGUGGUUGGCAGUGGCUCAAGGCAAGAAUUUAUUUUAUAUAUAUUUGUACAAUUAAAAUCGAAGGAUGACCUAUACUUAUUUUUAUUGCUUUUUUAUCAGCGUACACCUGCAUGGAUCAUGCAACGUAGCCAGUUUGAUACGCCCGAUUUUAUCAAGUCACUUUUUGUAUACCUGCCUUUUGUGCUUUAUAUAUACCGCUGUUACGUCUUCUUCAAGUUCUUGUAUCUUUUCCUGGCUUUGCAUUCCACUAUAAUCGGAAAACUCGCUCGUUCUUAUUUGGAAGGUUCUAUGAAAAAAGAGCUUGAGCGUGCUGGAAAACCAGAGCUUGCUCCUCUUUUAAUUCCUCCCUUUGCCCCAGGGUGUAAGCGUAUCGGUGUUUCCUCAACCUACUUAAGUUCAUUGGCACGUGAUAACGUAACCCUUAUACCAUGCGCAGUCAAGAGUGUUCAUGGACGUACGAUCGUGGAUGUAAAUGGCGAUGAAAACGAAGUAGAUAUUUUGGUUUUAGCGACUGGGUAUAAUGUCAAGGGUUUUACUGGAAACCUAAAAGUUUACGGAAGAAAUGGAAUUGGGUUGCUCGAUGAGUGGUCAAAAGAGUUUCCAAAGACAUACAAAACAGUGAAUGUACAUGGAUUCCCAAACAUGUUUUUUAUGAUAGGUCCUUCCUCAGGAAUUGGUCAUAGUACUGUGGUAUCUGUUAUGGAGUGUCAAGUGGAUUUGGCAAUGCAGUGUAUCAAGCGUAUUAUUGAUAAAAAUCUUUCUGCUGUCGAACCCUCCGCUGCUGCUCAAGAUGCCUUUGUAGCCAAAUUAAUCAAAGAUCUAAAGCCAACUGUCUGGAACACAGAUUGUGUCUCUUGGUAUAAAAAUGAUGGCGGACAGGUAACCGGAGUGUGGUCUGGAAGUAUUAUUAGCUUUUGGUGGGAGCUUCGAAAGUCAGAGCCUUAUAACUACAUAGAGUAUGCGCUUAAUAAUCAUAAAGUCCAAUAAUUCACUUAAUAGUAUUACUAUUAAUAUACAUACACUCCAACUAUUUGUCAGUGUUGUAGGUUUAUGGUAACGCAUUAAAGUAUCACCAAUUAUACCAAUAAACUCAUGUGUCUUUUAAUUUUUU